CCUUGCCUAUUGCUGUUGUCACGCCGACUCUCCUUGCUCUUCAUUCGGUAAGACGGUUCGCCUUUGCUGGAAUUCUGGAAUUCAAAUAUUUUUCUUCUUUGAGAAAGAGGCUGGAAAACUUCGACGACAACGACGACGACGACGACGUAUUCUUCUUCUCUCAGGGCUGUUUUUUUUUUUCACUCAAGGAACAAAGGAACGAAGAAAAGAGAAACAAACAGGGGACACCAUUUGCUGAGGCACCGGAACCAAACAUUGGACCCCUCAAAAAACGGAAACAACGACCGACCUUCCCAACCUCACUCAGGAACUUGCACUCCUCAACCACGGUCGCUCUUUCCGUCAACACCACACUCUAUUUUUUGCUUCUUUUGAACCCUCCUUCCAAAACUUCACAUUCUCUCCAAACCACGUGAGAUUCGCUAGCUGAAUCAUCCGUAUACAUCUCCCCUUUUUUUUUGCGGCACAUCGGCUCUCGGCACUUCCAUCAAGAGAACAAUCCACGCUCGUUCCUUCCUUCCCAACUCCGUCAGCGGCGGUGUACCUUCGUUUGAUUCUCAUCACCACCACCCCUCAAAAGGGCCCACUACCGCAACACAUCCAAGACAAAUUCAACGUCUCUGUUGUCUUGUUCCACUUCUUCGUCAUCCAGCGAAUCGACCUUAGCUUCGUUUUUUAUAUCAUUUUCCCUCUCAUCUCACUCAUUCGACGGCCGCCUGCUCCUUCCCCACAGUAUCAACCGAAGGAAUUCCGGCUCCUCGUUUCCGAAAAGGACGCGGCACGAGACCUUGCGAAGGGCCAACAAAGAGACGCACAAUAUAUUGACGUUGCUUCGUCCCCCGUCUCCCAAUCCGUCCAUCUCACAGCCCUCCCCGAGCACAUCACACCAUCUGCUCAGGCCUCACUUAUUUCCCUCCCGUCGAGCCGGCUCCUGUUCGGCCAGAUUCAGAUCGACCUAGCCACCUUGGGAUCGACAACACACCAACCGCCCUCGCUUCCACACAACUUGUGGGGGGGAAGAUCAGCACGAGGAUACCGACCGCCUGCAUCUCGACGACGUCGUUCCGGCUUUUUGCAGACUAGCCGUCCAUCGCUCUACUACCGCGACCACUCGUCCCUUGGUGACUUGGUCCAGCUACUUUGGUGCCGACUCAGCCAACGUCAUUUUGGACACUGUGCCGGUACUUACCAACGCUUCUUUGCUCUCGAACAGGCUUGCUUUCUGUUUGUCGGUCCUUCUUUGUCACUUGUUCUUUGCCCAACAGACAAUGACAUUGUAACUCGACCCGUCCCUCACAAUAUCAGUACGCGUCUUCUUCUCAUUCUCGAUUCUGCCCGACGAUUCCAGCAUCACAGCAAUCUCCCGCAGAGCCUGACUUUUGAACGACUCGACAUCCUUGCAAACCAUCAGCCUGGAAUACGACCUCAGCAACCUAGACCGUUCACCCCUCGCCGAUCGCAAUCUGGUUCACUCCCUCGGGAAACAAGCGAACGCGCUUUCAUUCACCUUUCAAGUUCGUCUUUUGACAUUCACAGCAACCGCAUCAAAACCACAUCAGACCGACCAAAAUGGACUCUCACCGGCGCAGGCUCGCCGACCUGGUGGUGGAUCUCAUCCCCACCAAAGUGCUUCAACAGCGUGCUCAUGCCGCCGAUAGCAAAGGGGCGGCCACAGCCACCUCAACCAUUUCUCCCUACCACUCCAACCUCGACGGUGUCAACCAGCCUGUCAACAUGCUGUUCAAGGACAUGCUCUGGGCCAGCUUCGGUGGCAUGGCUGUCCUCGUCCUCGUCAUCACCGUUAGCCGUAUUCUCUGGGCUCAGCUCCGCCACGUCUCGGCCAUGUCUGUUGAGGGCGAGAGACAAAACUACUGGAAGACGGCUCAGUGGAAUUGGAUGCCCAGUUUGAAGAAGCAUCUCAUGUACGCCCCCCUUUGGAAGAAGCGUCACAACAAGGAGAUCAAGCUUUCCAACGCUAUUGGCAUCGGCACGUUGCCCUCCCGCAUGCACACCGUCAUCCUUGGUUUCUACCUCGCCAGCAACCUGGUCUACAUGUUCUUCCUGAACUGGGAAAACGCUAACAUCUACUCGUUCUGCGCCGAGCUCCGUGGCCGAUCUGGUACUCUCUCUGUCGUGAACAUGGUGCCGCUCAUCAUCCUCGCUGGCCGCAACAACCCGCUCAUCGGCAUGCUUCACGUGAGCUUCGACACCUACAACCUCCUUCACCGAUGGAUCGGCCGCAUGUCCGUUAUUGAGGCUGUCAUCCACACCAUCGCCUGGUUGAUUGUGCAGAUUGCCGACAGUGGAUGGGAAGGAGUCUGGCAUAGAAUGUCCAACGAGCUCUUCAUCGGCUCCGGCGUGGCUGGCACUAUCUCCCUUGUCGUCAUCUUGAUCCUCUCCUUCUCGCCGGUCCGCCACGCCUUCUACGAGACUUUCCUCAACGUCCACAUCAUCUUGGCUUUCUUCAUCUUCCUGAUGACGUACAUUCACUGCGCCGUGGCCGGUCUGCCGGGUGGCCUUCCCCAGCUUCCAUGGAUGAUAGCCAUUUUUACCCUGUGGUUCCUCGAGCGCAUGGCACGCAUCGUUCGCGUCGCCUACAUGAACUGGUCCGACCGUGGCGUCACUGACGCCAUCGUUGAGGCCGUUCCCGGCGAAUGCACUCGCGUCACCAUGAACCUGCCGCGCUACGUCGACGUCAAGCCAGGCACCCACGCUUACCUGCGCUUCAAGGACAUCCGCCCCUGGGACUGCCACCCCUUUUCAAUCGGCUGGGUUGAGCACAUUCCUGACCACCGCGCGCUACCCCUAGACGAGGAGAAGGCUCAACUCACCUCCAUCGACAAGAAGAACACGACAACUUCGGUCUCCUUCAUCAUCGGCGCCCACACUGGCUUCACUCGCGAUCUCUAUAACGUCGCCCGUCAGAGCGGGGACCGUGCUAUUCGCAUGAAGGCUGUUGUUGAAGGACCCUACUCAGGGCACCACUCUCUCGACUCAUACGGUCACGCCGUUCUCUUCGCCGGUGCCACUGGCAUCACCCACGCCAUUUCCUACCUGAAGCCUCUCAUUGACGGCUACAACAACGGUAGCGUGGCCACGAGACGCAUCACCCUCGUCUGGAUCGUCCGCGACUACGAGGCCCUCGAGUGGGUUCGCCCGUGGAUGGAUACUAUCCUCCGCCUGCCCAACCGCAAGGACAUUCUCCGCAUUCAACUCUACAUCACGCGUCCCCAGAACUCGCAGCAGAUCGUCUCGGCUUCCAAUACAGUCCAGAUGUUCCCGGGUCGCCCCAACAUCCCUCUGCUGAUGAAGCGUGAGGUCGCAGAGCAGCAGGGUGCCAUGUGUGUACACAUUUGUGGACCUGGUGCCUUGGCUGAUGAUGUGAGAUCGGCUGUACGAGAGGUUCAGGACGAAGGCACAGUGGUCGACUUUGUUGAGGAGAGUUUCACGUGGUAAAGGAGAGGAGAUGAAAGACCAACCACAACAAACCUUUCGCAAAUGAACCGAAGCAGGAAACGAUUCAAUCUUUGGGCGUCAGGGUAUCAAGCGGGGAAAAGCGCGGUGUUUAUUUAUCUCAUCUCUUUUUUUUUGCGGAUCAUCUGGAUCAGACCAAGGCCAUCUGUGGUCAGGUCAGACUGUAAUGACAUGGGUCAUGCUUCUCACGGCCGAUGCCUAGUUCUCUAAUGGCUCGCUUUCUUCUCAUGUGUACAUAUUUCUCACACCAACGCAAUGGGGUGGACAAGAUGGACGGAUGGCAAUGGUGGAUCUUUCACAGUCACCCGUUCUCUCGGUCUCUCUCUCCAGGCACCUUUUCUUCCUCUCUUUUCUCUUUUGGUGGUUUUCCAAGAGAAAUGUUUUGUCUAAUUGUUGGACGUUUAUAUAUCCCCCAUCCACACUACACCUCCCACUGCGAGACAAGGCAGAGGGUUGAUGUACCCUGUUGUUGUACAUAGCACCCACCUAUCUUCAAAGAUAGAGGGACAUAGACGGAGAUGUCUAAUCAAAUUUCAGA